AUGGUUGGUUCAAUUGGAAACAUGGCUGUAGUGUACAAGAAGAAGAAAUUCACAUAUGUACCACCAACACCGCCUGCAGAGCUCAUCGACUGUAAUAAUUUCAUACUAGACUUUCCCGAUCGUAAGUUUUUAAAUGUUGGACUUGAUUCGGAAGACAACUUCAAUAUUGCUAUUCAUAUAAUAACGCCGUCGCGUUAUGUAAGCAUAUACGAUGGUUUUCUAAGACGUACAUUAUCAAUGAUGGGGAAUAUACUGUCAUUCAUAUUAGAUGUCCCACAAAAAUGUAGAAAACAGAUUUUUCUGGAGGAUGAAUUUACCGUCAUAUCGAACAUGGUGUAUCAAGGGGAAAAUGUGCUAGUCAUAGAGUCUAAGAAAAAGGAAGGAUGUCGUGUAUUGCUCGAUAGAAAAAAUUUGUUGAAAUUACAAUAUCUAGAGGAGAGUAUUUUUGAAACGGUCACACGAAAAACCAAUAUCAUACGACCAAUUGUUUUAAAUCAAUUUGCGAUGAUCGGUAAUUAUAUUGAUCGAGAAUUCACUAAAGUUGAAAAACCACCAAAAACAAACGAAGAAAUGGUAAUUUUUAUUAAAAACCUCCGGAAUGAUCUAAUCACGACGAAUCUCGACUUAAACUAUGUUAGCCAGCUGAAAAUGUUUGCAACAAGUCAAUUAGCUGAACAAUGGGCACAACGAUGGAGUGGGGAAAUGUCACCCGAGUUAUUCGUUGAGCCCGAGGUUCAAGUUAAACCGACAAGAUACUCGAGUAUGUCUCCGUGUCAUAAUGAUCUUUCGCAGUCACCGAUGUCACCAAACAUAUUCGACAUGCAUAAAGAAUUAACGUCAAUCGCUACACUCAGACCAUCAGAUGACUUACACCCUAACCAUCCGUGUCAUACGACUCUACGGAAAAAGGUACCAGGAUUUUUUUCCGACGAGACAAAGGAGUAUAUAAGGUCAUAA